AUGCGUUUCUCGUAUGCCGUCGUCGCCCUUUUUGGCGCAGCCCACGCCAUGCCCAGAGUAGGCAGCCUCGUGACCGGGCGCAGCGUCUGCAACACGGAGGACUGCCAGGGUGUCGCCCGCGCCGUCGUAGCCGACCAGGCCGCCCUCGACGCCCGCAAGAAGACCAGGCAGGCCAAGAACAACGCCGCCAACGCCACCGCCGGCGGCGACGCCAACAACAAGCGGUCCAAGAAGCUCUUCCAGGUCGAGGCGCGCGCCAACGAGACGGACGUCGAGGCCCGCGCCCUAGGUGAUACCGUCGACACCCUCGUGGGCGACGUGACCGGGACCGUCGGCGACGUCGCUGGCGGCGUGGGCCUCAAGACGCGCGACGGCAAGGAGGUCCGCGCCGCGGUGACGGACGACGCCGCCAUCGACGCGCGCCAGCAGAGCCGGCAGGCCAAGAGCGCGGCCGCCAACGGCACGGCUGAGGCGCGGAGCGUCAACGAGGAGCGCGCCGCGGUCACGGACGACGCCGCCAUCGACGCGCGCCAGCAGAGCCGGCAGGCCAAGAGCGCGGCCGCCAACGGCACGGCCGAGGCGCGAAGCGUCAACGACAACAAGGGCCGCUCGGCGAACCUCGUGCACGGAGCCGGGGCCGACGACAAGCUGGCCAAGAAGGAGGCCACCGCUGCUGAUGGUGCCGAGCCUCGCAAGUCCCGCAAGUCGCGCAAGUCCCGCCGCUCUCACCAGCUGUGGUAA